UGUAGUUUUUGCAAUUAUUGUUGCAGUUUUUCCGCUGUUGAUUUUCAACAACGUCCACGGCAAUUCUCGACAAUGGUACGAGCGACCACGUCGGAGUUACCCUGGUUAUGGAAAUUUUGAGAAUCAGACUAUGACGUAUCGUAGUGGCGACUUCAACUCUAACACUCGUUUAAUAACAACUUGGAAGUGGCCGUUUAAGCAGCAGAACACGAUAAAAGUAACGCGGCAGCCUUUGGGCUUUGCGAAUGAUGACGAUGAUAAGAUGCUGCCGAAUGACAAAUUUAUAUUUCCGGAUGCGACCGUCAUCAAACCGUCACCAUCGUUACAAACGAGGAUUGGUGCAGCGCCUUCCUGCAAUGGGAAAACCUUCUGCGAGCAGGUUUCGGAUUAUCCUUCGAGUUUUGUCCGUGAUGCUAUUAAGAAUGAUCGUAGUCUUCAAAAUUACGCAAACGUCGACUCGCUGGACUUUACCUUCAGAAUAAACACCGCUUCCACAGAGUCACUCUGCGUAGCCACUGAACAAAUUGUCUAUCCGAAAACAGCGCAAAAUGCGAAUAAACAGUGGCUGUACGUUCUUAACGUCGCGAACUUUACACAGGGAGUACGCAUCGAAACUUGCAUGCAAGAGGAUCAAGGCUGUAACAUAAUCGGUGGAUUCGCUGAAGGUUACGUUACUACUUGCAAACAAAAAUACAUUCAUCGUCAAUUGGCAGCGAUUGUCGAUGGUGCGGUUAGCCAUGAGCUCUUCCGGUUUCCAGCCAGUUGCUGCUGUCAUGUACAAUUCGUCGGCACCUCGACACGGAUGAGGAUCGGUAAAACAAGCAACGCUCAAGACAAACCGGAUGACAUAAACGCAAAUUAAUUUCUUAUCGUUUUUUUGUUUUUACUGAGAAAUAGAAUACU